CGUACCAGAACAACUUCAACUUCGAAUAGCAUUUUGGAGUUUUCCCGAUAACGAAGAGGAUAUUCGACUGUAUUCCUGCUUAGCUAAUGGAUCAGCAGAAGAAUUUUCUAGGGGCGAUACCCUACACAAAAAUCAUAUGGUUAAAGAUCCGUUACAAAUUGGUUUUCAUUUAUCUGCUAGUGUUCAACAGGCACCAAGAAACACUCACAAUGUCGCUGUAACAUUUGACAGGCGCAGGAUCUCAUCUUGUAACUGCACAUGUACAUCAACAGCAUAUUGGUGCUCGCAUGUUGUUGCUGUUUGCCUCACUCGAAUACACUGGCCUCAUCUUGUGACACUUCGUGCUCCUGUAUCUGAAUCUUUGUCGCGAUUACAACGCGAUCAACUUCAAAAAUUCGCACAAUACCUCAUAAGUGAACUUCCUCAACAAAUUCUACCUACAGCUCAGCGGCUUCUAGAUGAGCUCUUAGGCUCUCAACCGUCAGCCAUCAAUUCAGUUUGUGGAGCUCCUGAUCCCACAGCGGGUGCAUCUGCGAACGACCAAACAUCUUGGUAUUUGGAUGAAAAAACUUUACAUGAUAAUAUAAAGAAAAUUCUGAUUAAAUUCUGCGUACCUGCGCCAAUUGUUUUUAGCGAUGUCAAUUAUUUGAGUACGGUAGCUCCACCUGCUGCUGCAGAAUGGUCGUCCCUUUUGCGUCCAUUACGAGGUCGAGAACCUGAGGGAAUGUGGAAUCUUUUAAGCAUCGUCAGAGAAAUGUUUAAAAGGAAUGACCGAAAUGCCAUUCCACUUCUUGAAAUUAUUACCGAAGAGUGUCUUGCAUGUGAACAAAUCCUCAUCUGGUGGUUUAAUACAAAAGUGGCACUAUUAAGUGGAAAUUCUGGAUAUGGUGGUAGCGGAGGUGGUAAACACAAUAAUGUCAACAGUAAUACGCACGCAUCUCAACAUGCAUGUUCUUCUCUUUGUGAUGAGGUUGUUAUCCUUUGGAGAUUAGCAGCGUUAAAUCCAGGAUUGGCCCCAUCUGAAAGAGACAUGCUACAUAACCAGUUUACUACUUGGCAUAUGAAGACUCUUGAAAAAGUGAGUAAAUGUCGCAACACUACGUCAAGUUCUCAACAACACUAUAAGAAUUCCUCCACAUUAAAGAUGGAUUUAGAAGUUUUCACGGGAUUCAAACCAGCCAUAGAGGCAUGUUACCUCGACUGGGACGAUUAUCCAAUGCCUGGAAUUACAUAUACUCAAGAUAUAAACCCUAUGUACCACUGCCCAUUUACUUGUUUUCGACAUGGAGCAGAUACCAGCAGAGGUGAAAGUCAAGUAACACAGGUGAAUUCCAGUAAAGCAGUACUUAAUUGUGAACACCCUCACGUCCAUACAACACAUUCCCACCAUCAUCAUCAUCACCAUCACCAUCACCACACACAUAUGAGAGCAGCUCCAAGGUAUGACUUUAUAAGUAUGAAUCCCAUGGAAUAUCCACCACAUCCACAACUCAACGAGAGGGAUGGGAACAGAUCGAGCGUCAGUAGCGAGGGCUUUUGUGAAGUUGAUGAUGACAUGAAUAUUCUUCAAGAAAGCCGUUUCAACGAUUCCGAUUCACAAGAAGGUGGCGGUAGCGAUUCAUCAAGUAACAGUAGUCAAGAAUGUCGAACGCCUCCAACAGCACAACAUUCAAUAUCCAUUGAUAACGAAACAAACAAACAAGUACCAAAUGUUUCUAUACCUACUACUUCUGUCUCUUGGGCGCCACAACCCCAACUAACACCAAUAUCCAGGAGGGACUCUAAAGAUGAUUCAACAUCCAGCUCUAAUUCAGAUUCUCCUCAAUCUGGCGAUGAAUAUAAUAUGUACUUUUAUAAUAGCAAGGAUAUUGGAUUAAUAAAUUCCAAUGCCCAGAUAAAUCCAAAAGUGGAAGAAACUGAAGAUAAAGCUGGAAUGUUCUCUAGCAUAAGAAAGUGUGAAGAUCCUUGGGAUGUUUUAUUUGCUAGAGCUGAGGGAUUGCACGCCCACGGGCACAGCAGAGAAGCUUGUAUUUUGGGCGUGAAACUUGCGGAGGAGUUGCUCAUGAAUCCGCCCGACUUAAUGAUUGAAAUUCCUCCUGUACCUAAGAAAAAAGGAAAGAAACAACAAGUGAAUCCUGCAAGCCAUCAAUUGAGCUGUUUAGCAUCUGCAACACUAUCAAAAUGUGCCUUUUUAUGUUCAGUUUUAGCAGAAAACAGUGAACACUACCACCUAGCUUUUCGCGUUGGUAUGUUUGGCUUGGAAAUGGCUCGACCUCCUGCCAGUACCAAACCUUUGGAAGUCAAAUUGGCAAACCAAGAAACUGACUUGGUGAAUCUUUUGAAAAGAAUACCCUUAGGGCACAAAGAGCUCCAAGUUCUCAGGGAAAGAGCGGAACAACUUAAAGAAGGUACUUUACGUUCAAGAGGAGAAGCAAUGCUACCAAUAAUGUUGGCCAGUUUUAUCUUUGAUGCUCUUGUUAUGCCUAAUAUUACUGGUAAAGAUCGAUCAAAGAUUCUUAAUAUGAGACUACCUACAGAUGAACUUUUGGGUUUUGAAGCAGCGGUUGCAGCUCUAGGUUUAAAAGCUAACGUUUCUGAAGCUGAUCAUCCGCUCCUUUGCGAAGGCACUCGUCGUCAACGAGGUGACUUGGCUAUCGCCCUUUUAAUGCUAUACAAAGAUGACUGUUGGAAAAUAGCAAGGAUAAUGGAUAGAUUAUUAGAUAAAGAAGUACAUCAAUUGAUGAAAACGCCACUCACUGGCUUAUACUAUUCUAGCAAUCCACCAACCAAGAGUCAGUACUUUAAUUUGAAACGAGAAGACUGUGAUAAAGUAGUCGCUCCCAUCAGUCCGUUUUUGCCUCCCACAGAGAUGAUGUCGACCGAUAUGGCUUGUUGUAGUAGACCGCAUAGUGCAACCAGCGCGGAGCUUGAACAGAGCAUGUCUAAUCUUUCGAUAAAUCCCCAACAAGGAUCGGUCCAACAAGGCGCCAUAACUAGGACUAAAGAUGGACGUUACAAAGGAAAACGAGCAUAUCCUUCCAUUCCUAAUCAACCGUCCGAAGCCGGUGCUCAUUUUAUGUUUGAAUUGGCCAAAAACGUUCUUAAUAAAGCGGGUGGAACAAGUAGUACAUCUCUUUUCACCCAGGCAUCUACAAGUCAGAAUCAUCAUGGACCCCACAGAGCAUUGCACAUGUGCGCUUUUCAACUAGGAUUGUAUGCUUUGGGAUUGCAUAAUUGUGUUAGUCCGAAUUGGUUGAGCAGGACUUAUUCCUCGCAUGUAUCGUGGACAAUAGGUCAAGCGAUGGAAAUAGGUGCAGCAGCAAUAUCUUUCUUAAUAGACACUUGGGAAGGACAUUUAACUCCUCCUGAAGCUGCGAGUAUCGCCGAUAGAGCCUCUCGUGGUUGUGACGUCAAUAUGGUGCGAGCGGCAGCAGAAUUGGCACUGUCCUGCCUACCGCAUGCUCAAGCCCUUAAUCCUAAUGAGAUACAACGGGCAAUAUUACAAUGUAAAGAACAAAGUGACGAUAUGCUAGAACACGCAUGUCACACUGUAGAAAAUGCUGCAAAAGGCGGCGGAGUUUAUCCCGAAGUUCUUUUCCAGGUUGCUAAAUACUGGUACGAGCUAUAUGUCAGGCAUACACCUGGAGGUGACCAAUUACUGGAUAACGAUAUACCUCACGAUCCUUUGAUGGAUUUACAUGGAGCUCUGGUGGCCUUAAUAGAGCCCCCAGUUCAACAGGAAGUUCCCCCAGCAGCUCAGCCUGUAGUUGUGACUACUGCUCCUCCAUAUACACAUGCGGCUCCACCGGUCGGAAUGUAUGUGAGCCAUUAUAAUUUCGUACCUCAUCCACAUCAUCCUCCAAUCGCAUACGGGGGCCCUCUACACCCCCUGCAGGCACCACCUCCGACGCAUGUUCAAAUGUAUCAGUUUCCUUACCCACCACCUGCUCCUCAACAGGCUCCUCCAACAGCUUUCACACCUGUACCAACAUCAUAUGCAACUUUGCCACCACCACAACAGACUGCUUUCACGAGUGCGCCGUCACAAUACGCACAAGCACCGCCGCCUACUCCUGCAGCAGCUGUGUUCGCAGCACCAGCAGGUCCACAACAAGCAAUUCCAGUUCAAGGAUCUCAACCACCUCCCGUUCAGUAUUAUGGUCCUACAGUUACCAUAGCUCAGCCUGUUCAAGGAUUAAGACCUGCUACACAUAUGUAUGCAGCUCCACCGCCAGGUAUUGCAGCCCAUCCACAACAAGCUUUAGCAAGACCGCAUAGACCUCACCAAUUCAAUCAAACUCAGCUCAGGUAUUUAUUAACGUCAUAUAGAGUCGGAAUGUUGGCAUUAGAAACACUUGCUAGAAGAGUACAUGACGAUAGACCGCAAGCAAAAUAUGCCAGAAACCCACCUUACGGUGAAGAUGUCAAAUGGUUGUUGAGAAUUUCCAAACAUUUAGGAACCCAAUAUCUACACCAUUUCUGCGUUUGUGUAGUUAACUCGAUAGUAAGUCCUUUUGUUUUGCAUGAUGUAGCAAUCGAAGCUGCACAAUAUUUAUCGCGGAAUAAUCCCAGUCUCGUGAUGCAACAUUUACGCACUGCACUCACUCCUCUCGUCCAGAAGUGUCAACAAAUGUACAUACAAUGUAUGCACCAAAAGUUAUAUCAUUUAACAGCAGGGGAUUACGAAGAUUUCGUAAGUAUAGUUUGCACAGCGAGGGCUGCAUUCCAGAUCACUCCGGACGGAUCGACGCAAUUCAAAGAAUGGUUGCAAUCUAUUCGAAGGUCAAAAUCUUGCAAAAAAGACUUAUGGACGCAGAUCAACGCGGCUUUGCAAGCUAACAACAAAUGACAAAGGCCUGAAACUCAGGCUUCUUCUUCCUACAUUCAUCAUAGAUUAGUUUCCGAAGUUCCAGAAGAACAGGAAUUACCACAACCAUCCCCAACACCACCACCACCUGUUUUACAUCUCUGCAACCUGCCGAAAACUGAGCUAGCUCUUGUCCAUCCCAUCUAUAUAACUCACGCUCCUCCAUCACUUGCUCUCAUCCCUCAACAAGAAUCUAUUGAAGAACAGCAGCAGUGGCCUCCUCAUCCGUCUAACAGUUGACUAGUAUUUGAAAACGGGAUAUUUUAUCAAGGUGAGACCAUUCUGUAUGGAGGCGAUGCGGACUUGCCAAGGGACGACGCGAUCAUUUAUGAAACUAGAAUAGGCUACCAAGCAACUUUGCAAGACAUAAACAACCCUGGUACUGCCUCUCAAGAAAGUGCAGUUGUCUCAUGUAAUAAUGGUCAUAAUGAGGCAGGUUUGGAGAGUCAGUUAAUGAGAGGAUUCUGGAAAAUUUGAGCUUCACGUUAAAUGUAUUAAUAGUUUCUAAUUAAAAGAAUUUUGCUUGUAGGGAAUUUUUUCUAGAAAUUAAUUUCAUGUUUUGAUUUUAAUAAAAUAUACUAAAAUACCAUUAUAAAAAAUUUAAAUGUUUGUAAUGAGUGUUUUUCUAUGAUUUUUUUAUAUAAUUUUACUAUAUCGCAAUAUUGAUUUGUUUAUGAAUUUUUCAAAAUUGAGGAAGUUAAAAAGUAUUCAAUUUAAAUAGUUGUACCAUGUACAUCAAAGCAGGUCCUUCCGCAAAUUAUAUACUUUAAUCGUCCCUUUACCAAAACGCAUUAUAAGAAAUCGCUGUGCCGCAAAUUCUCUUUUAUGUCUUUUAUCUACUGAAAACAGGUGCCUCAAAAUAAUAAAUGGUUAUGUAACUUUUUCAACCUGUUAGUAUGCUUUAUCCAAUAUUUUAAUCUAUUGUAAAUAUUGCAAAAUAAGUUGGCAAAAUGGACAGCUGUAAAAGAACUAAAUGAUGGGUAACACUAAAACUCGAGCUGAAAAAUUCUAUUAAUUUUCUUAUAGCUUCAAAAUUACUAUUUCGAAAUCAAAUACUACUCCUAUACAUAUUCGAUUAAAAAAGAAAUAUUUUUAUGAGUUGUUAAUUAGACAUAUCUGUUUAUGGCUUUACUUACAGUAUAUCAUACCUGCUGUCAGCUGGUUGUUGGAUUUUUUUACUAGUACUUCGAUCAAUAGUUCGGAAGAAUCUGCAUAUAAUAGUGAAGAAAAGAUCAGGAGUAUAUAGUCCCAAUUAGGUUUAUUUCCUUAUCUUGAAACUUUUACUUCUUUUUUCUAUUGAUAUUUUGGUUUAAAAUAGUAGCUGUUUAGAAUUAUUGAUGUAUUAACCAAAAAAUCUAUGUGUCAGUAAAUAAACAAAUAAUUCGAUAUACAACCUGGGAAUAUCAGAAUAGUAAUAUUAUAUAGUAGAUUGAGUUUUCCUCCAUUUUGAAAAAACGCUGAUUUUUAGCAAAUACUAUUUCUUCUCCAAACCCAAAUACAACGAUUUUUAUUUAUAAAUAGGUGUCUGUUAAAUUAAUUAAGUAGGUUUAAUUAUAAAAUAUAAAUAUAAAAAUAUACUGGGCUCUCGUGAAUUUCGCAGAACUAUUUUUCUUGAUCUACAUUUUCAUACAGAAAAUGAGAGGAUUUAAAAUUAGAAAGAAGAAAGUUAUUUACCUAAAACCUUUUUCUAUGUUUAUUACUAAUUAUAAUAUUUUAUUCUCAUACUUCUAAAUUAUGAAAUUAUAAUACACAACCCAGCAAAAUUGAGGCAUAAUUUCGCUCUUGUAAUCUCAAAAAAAUUGCAAUGAAUUAUUUGUGAAAAAUUAUUUUAAGAAGGUGCAAUUGUGAUAAAAAGAUUUCCAUAUUUUAAUGCCUAUGAAUUAAAUUUUGUGCUAUUAGCUGGCUAUAUUAUUGCUUCGAUUUCAAUUUUUUGGAUCAUUGUUGUCGAGUUGUCAUUGCAAAAGAGAACAAAUGGUACAAUUAAUGGUUCUAGUCCAUCAACUAUAUACCUAUGAGCAUUAAGACUGGACAUAACAAGCCUUUAACUUAGUGCUUGAACUCAUACGAAUUGGUCCUGAUUUGCAUCAAUUACGCGCCUACUGCACUGACCUAGUCUUUGAUUUUUUCCCCAACUAGGUUGCGUACAUAGAUAAAAUGAUUUUUAAGUAAAUCGUUUCUUGCAUUUUUUAAAUUUACAUAUCUUCACAAAGUAUUGAUAAGUUUACAUAAAUCUUUAAAAAUAAUUAAAAAAAGAAUUAAUUUUGCUGGGAAAUGCAUAUUGUUUACUAAUGAAACUAAUUCUAACACUAACGUUUUGAUUUAAUCUAAAAUCUAUUCCAAAAACCAUGUAAAAGACAUAAAUUUUGAACAAUUGAAUAAAUACCAAAAACGAA